UUUCUUUAAGAUAUAGAGCUACUUAAUUUUCAUUACUUUUUAUUAAAAUACUUUUUCUGAAUGUGUAUACAUACACAUCCAUUAUUUUUCAUUCAAACAAUAAUAUUCUUUAAAAUAAAUUCUGCCAAAAUAAAUAAGAAAAACUCAUAAAAGAGAGAAAUUAUUUAUUUAUUAUUUUAUAACUUUGUUUUGGGAAGUGAACAAUUGAACAAGAAGCUACAACACAACCUUUCACUUUUUUCUAUCUCUCUCUCUCCAUACAGUUGUAUUUUUGUGGAUUGUCAACGCUCUCUGAAAGAGGAGCCAAAGAAGCUUCUUUCUCUCCCAUCUUUAAAAAACAAACAUUUUUCACCAUUAUAUACUCACUUUUCUACUCUCUGCUUCACUUCACCACUCUCCUCCACUUCAAGAAUUGUCUCUCUCUACUUCACACUCUGUUUCUUGCUCUCCCCAAGAUAACAUGGGAUUCUCAGCUGGUAAAAGAAAAUCACGAGAUGAAGCAGUCACCUUAUCUGACCUCAACGACGACGUUUUGGAGAGAGUCCUCUCACACCUACCAACCUCCUCUUACUUCCGCAUGACCUCCGUCUGCAAGAGAUGGAAGUCCACCCAAACCUCAACAACCUUCAAGCUCGCUUGCUCUCGAGUCCUUUCUCGAGACCCUUGGUUCUUCAUGAUCGCUAAAGACUCCACCUCUUCCUCUUCUUCUUUCGUUUACGACUCCACAGAAAACGGCUGGAAAAACCUCAACCGCUCCCUCCUCCUCCGCCACCGCCGUGACUUCACCCCCGUAGCUUCCUCCGGCGGCUUGCUCUGCUUCCGCUCCUCUGUCUCCGGCGACUUCCUCCUCCGUAACCCCCUCACAGGAUCCUCCAUUGACCUUCCUUGUCAAGAUGAUAACAAACCUCUCCAAGCUGUAGCCAUGACCACCAGCUACAAGCUUGUUACAAUCUCCGGCGAUCUCCCAAACCUCUGUUUCAAGUUCUAUGAGUCAAGUUCUUGUUCAUGGAGCAAAGAGCUUGAGUUAGCUAUGAAGAACAAUACAGAGGACGGUGAUGAUACAGAAACAGUUUACUUUCUUAGCAAGUCAGGAAACGUCGUCGCAGCGAGUAACACUCUCCUUAGAAUCCCUUCGAAGCAGUACUCUUCCGUUAUAACCGUCAAAGACAAUGUAGAAACCGUCUACUUUCUCACUUCUCACGGAACCAUCAUAGCGUGUGACCUCGCCAAAAGAAGCUUCACGCAGCUUCCCAAGCUUCUUCCUCCGUUUCUUGAGUAUUCAAUCGACUUGGUGGAAUGUAACGGAACCAUGUUUGUGGUCCUUCUCUCUGAGUUUUACGAAAGCGCCAGCUUGAGGAUCUGGAAGCUGGAGGACAUGAGCUGGGUUCAUGUCGGGAUGUUGCCUCCUGCUAUGUCUCAUGAGUUGUACGGCAGAAAGGGGGACAUAAACUGCGUUGGAGGAGCUGGUGGGAACAAGAUACUUGUGUGCUUUAAUGCGGAUCUUCCUGAGGUGUGUUGUAGAUACUUUGUGUAUGAUUUAGUUGGAGAAGAGUGGAGUGAGUUGCCAAGAUGCUUUAAGGAUGGAGAAGCGGUGGAGUUUGUUUCUGCACUUUCUUUCCAGCCUAGGAUUGAAGCAACAGUUUGAUGUUUUGCUUUUUUUUUUUUUUUAUGGAUUAGGUUUCAGUGAUUGUUUUGUUUGUGUAUUCUUUUGAGUAUAAUGCAGUGUAACUUGAUUUAUAUUAUCUAUUGACAAUCAAUGUGUUUGAAUAUACCCAGUCGUCUGAUGUCUCUGAUCACAUCUUUUACUUGCAUGGUUGUUGGCAUUUAAAGCUGAAGGAUGCAAACUUGCAAGUCAAGAAACUCAUAGGGGGAAACUGGAACACCCAAGUUGGUUCUUGACGUUUAGCAACUGGUUAUUGCAUAAUGAUGUGUGUUUUUCGGUUUAGUACUGUUAACCAAAUUACUGAUGAAUUGUUGGCAAAAAAAAAGGAGAGUAGAAAGAAA